UUAUGUGUUUGCCUCAGUGCUCAAUGCAGCCUUGAUCGUGCACACAGGGGGAUCUAGCUACUCGUACAGCGCGCGAUUGGCAUAGACAUGCUUACAAUAAUACAACUUAACACCGAGCAUGCCAUUUUGUUAUCAACUUGUAAAACGCGAAAUAUAUUUUGAAGCUGAUUGAAGUACAUAUAUACAUUUUACAUUUUGGAGCAUCAUACCGGGUUUUGACAUUUGGAGGUCUUUCGCUCUUCGGCAGACCCACUCGGACCCAGAUAAUGGGUACAACCUGAGCAGGAGCGGUCGACCGAUGAUGCCACUCUGCUGCACUGUGACCAGCCAUGUUCUCGUCCAAGGCUUUUCCCAGAAGGGGCUCCCCUCCCCCGACACUGUGCUUACAUAGGUCAGGAAUACAACUACAUCAUACAAAAGGAACGAUGGUAUGGACUUGUCUGAACUAUGGCACACCUGCAGGAUAAAGGUGAGGUCCCCCGACAUCUGAUACCAAAAGGAAAACCAAGAUCAAGUAGAUCCAUAUUUUAUAAGGACAAAACAAGUCAAUGAACAACUGAUGGUUUAGCGUCCACACUUUCACUAUGUUGACGAGGUUGCACCAUGGCUGCUGAUUCCUGUAGACUAGUAGACUCUCCGGUGCGGCACUGAGCCCAGUGACCCUGACCCAUGAUGCAGCGUAACGGUGGCGGGGUGGGGGCUGGUGGACAGCCGUGGGUGCUGCGGCGCGUGCGUCUCACCUGGCUCAGCUUCAUGCUCUUCUUCAUCCUGGUCUUCUUCCCGCUCAUCGCCCACUACUACCUCACCACCAUCGACGAUGCGGGCGGCCCCGACAAGCGCAUCUUCGGCCCUCGGCCCGGUGGUGAGCUGUGCGAAGCCAAGCACGUGCAGGACCUGUGCCGCAUCCGCGAGUCAGUCAGCGAGGAGCUGCUACAGCUGGAGGCCAAGCGGCAGGAGCUGAACGGGGAGAUCGUCCGGCUCAACCUGCGUAUCGAAGCGUGCAAGCGUAGCAUUGACAGUGCCAAGCAGGACCUGCUGCAGUUGAAGAACGUCAUCAGCCAGACGGAGCACUCAUACAAGGAGCUGAUGGCACAGAACCAGCCCAAGCUCUCGCUUCCCGUGAGGUUAUUACCUGACAAGGACGACCCAGGACUACCCCCGCCCAAGUCUGCCCGUGCCUGCCGCCUGCGCUCCUGCUUCGACUACGCCCGCUGCCCGUUGACCUCGGGCUUCCCUGUGUACGUCUACGACAUGGCCUCCUACCCCUGGGGUGAGUCCCUGGACCCGCUGGUCAGGCAGGCCUUCGCCACCUCGGUGAAGAGCAGCAUCUACGUGACGGACAACCCCAGCAUCGCCUGUCUGUAUGUGGUGCUGGUGGGGGAGCUGCAGGAGUCUCCUUCCUCCCCCCUCCCGGCCCCCUCAGCGCUGGAGAAGCAGCUGAAGGCUCUGCCGUACUGGAGGUCUGACGGACACAACCAUCUCCUGGUCCACCUUUCCAGGAAGUCCAUGACGCAGAACUUCCUGUACAAUGUGAGCACGGGCCGGGCGGCAGUGGCCCAGUCCACCUUUCUUGAGCAGCAGUACCGCGAGGGCUUCGACCUGGUCGUGUCCCCACUGGUCCACGCCCUCUCUGAGCCCAACUUCCUGGAGGUGCCGCCCCAGGUGCCUGUCAAGAGGAAGUACCUGUUUACCUUCCAGGGCGAGAGGGUGGAGUCUCUGAGGAGCAGCCUGCAGGAGGGGCCGCCCCAGUCCUUUGAGGAGGAGAUGGAGGGAGACCCGCCAGCCGACUACGACGAUCGCAUCAUCGGCACGCUCAAGGCAGUGCAGGACAGCCACCUGGACCAGGUGCUGGUGGAGUUCACCUGUAAGAGCCCGCAGCCGAGCCUGCCCACAGAGUUGGCCCUGUGUGGGGAGAGGGAAGAGCGGCUAGAGGUCCUUAAGGCCUCCACCUUUGCCUUGGUCAUCUCCCCCGGGGACGGUCAACUGAUAGCCUCAGCGGGCAACGGCAUGAGGCUGUUUGAGGCCCUGGAGGUGGGGGCCAUCCCUGUGGUACUGGGGGACCAUGCCAGGCUGCCCUACCAUCAGCUGGUCCACUGGAGCGAGGCGGCCAUUAUGGUGCCCAAGCCCCGCAUUACCGAGCUGCACUUCCUGCUACGCAGCCUAUCAGACAAUGACCUGCUGGCCAUGCGGCGGCAGGGCCGCUUCCUGUGGGAAACCUACUUCUCUACCUCAGAGAACGUCCUGGGCACAAUUCUGGCUAGCGUCCGGACCCGCAUCCAGGUGCCCCCCGCGCCCAUCCACGAGGAGCCCGCCCAGGAGAUCCCCCACAAGGCGGGCAAGAUGGCGGGCACGGACGCUAACCUGGCCGACAAUGGCGACCUGGACCUGGGUCCCGUGGAGACGGAGCCACCCUACGCCUCACCACGCUUCCUUCGCAACUUCACCUACACAGCAUCUGACACCUACCAGACCUGGAACCGCGCCCCGGGGCCUUUCCACCUCUUCCCUCACACGCCUCUGGACCCGGUGCUGCCCUCGGAGGCCAAGUUUCUGGGUUCGGGCACGGGCUUCCGCCCCAUUGGCAGUGGCACGGGGGGCUCGGGGAAGGAGUUUCAGGCAGCGCUGGGUGGGAACGUGCCCCGGGAGCAGUUCACCGUGGUCAUGCUGACCUACGAGAGGGAGGAGGUUCUGAUGAACUCCCUGGAGAGGCUCAACGGGUUGCCUUACCUCAACAAGGUGGUGGUGGUGUGGAACUCCCCCAAGCCUCCUUCAGACGACCUGCUGUGGCCAGACAUCGGCCUGCCCAUCGUGGUGGUGCGCACGGAGAAGAACAGCCUCAACAACCGCUUCCUGCCCUGGGACGUCGUGGAGACGGAAGCCAUCUUGUCCAUCGACGACGACGCCCACCUCCGCCACGACGAGAUCAUGUUUGGGUUCAGAGUGUGGAGGGAGGCCAGGGACCGCAUCGUGGGCUUCCCCGGGAGGUUCCAUGCCUGGGACGUCAACCACCAGUCCUGGCUCUACAACUCAAACUACUCCUGUGAACUGUCCAUGGUGCUGACGGGCGCCGCCUUCUUUCACAAGUACUAUGCGUACCUGUACUCGUACAUGAUGCCCCAGGCCAUCCGCGACAUGGUGGAUGAGUACAUCAACUGUGAGGACAUCGCCAUGAACUUCCUGGUGUCGCAUAUCACCCGCAAGCCCCCUAUCAAGGUGACGUCUCGUUGGACCUUCCGCUGCCCCGGCUGCCCUCAGGCCCUGUCGCAUGACGACUCUCACUUCCACGAGCGCCACAAGUGCAUCAACUUUUUUGUCAAGGUGUAUGGCUACAUGCCCUUACUCUACACGCAGUUCCGCGUGGACUCUGUGCUCUUCAAAACGCGCCUACCCCACGACAAGACUAAGUGCUUCAAGUUCAUCUAGCCCAGGGCUAGGCCCAGCUAAGAACGUUGGGCAGAACGGAGCUAGAGAGUGAGGAACUCAGGCAGGAUGGAAGAGAUUGCAGAGAGGACUGGUUGUGAGAAAGAGGGAGGUUUUGGGAUGAGGGCUUAAACCCAGGAAUGGAUCUUGGAUGAAUGACACAGACCACACCUUCACUGGAACCUCUGAUAGGCUGGAAGCUGAGAAGAACCUCUGCCAAUCAAGAAGCCUUUUCAUUUUUUUACGUAAUUGUAUUCUUCAUCAUGUCGUUCAUGUGUGUUACAUCAUCAACUACUACAGAUUUAAUUUAGCUUGUUAUGGGCCUGCAGAGAGAAAGAGGAGAGGACACUGGCAACACUGCCUGUCCAAGGACAGUGACUUAACUUGACUCUGCGAGACAAAUUCAAACUGCCAUUGUAAACGGACUGGUUUUAAACUGACACAGGGUAAGAAUGAGACAGUGGACUGUCAUGUGGGCCAGCCCUGAGCUCCUGAAUUGCUAGCUAGACAACAGACUGGUUUUAAACUGACACAGGGUGAGAAUGAGACAGUGGACUGUCAUGUGGGCCAGCCCUGAGCUCCUGAAUUGCUAGCUAGACAACAGACUGGUUUUAAACUGACACAGGGUGAGAAUGAGACAGUGGACUGUCAUGUGGGCCAGCCCUGAGCUCCUGAAUUGCUAGCUAGACAUUUCACCGUUUGAGAGAUAAACAAAGGCAUACCCCAUUUGUCAUUGCACAAAUUGUUUUGUUUUUUGUCAUUUAUUUUAUUUUUGGUACUCAUUUUACAUGUAUUUACUCUACUCUUGUAUAUGAAACCGUGAGAGAAGCACUGAUGGUUGUAGAAGUAUUCUAUUCAAUGAUCUUGUUAUUUUUUUUACGUGGUGUUUAAUAGUGUAAAUCUCCAUGUGGGAUGGUCAGUCGUCACCAGAACCUCUUGUGAUUAGCUGACCCAUAGAAUCACUAGAUCGAGUAAAGGCCCUCAGACCAUGUCAAUUUCACAGUAGAUUAUAUUUCUAUGGGCAGACCUAAACUAAGCUAGAAAGUGGUCUUUGUCAUUCUGUCUUUAAAUGACCUCAGAUGGAGACUACAGGACCAUUAUGCCACAAGUUCUACAAGUUUACCAGAGAAAUCUGUAAAAUAUUCAUAGGAAACUGUAUUAGUUGGAAUCCCAUUACCUAACACAUUCAUUAAGCCUACAGGAGACUACAAUGGUGUAAAGUCAGACCUUGGCUUUUUUCUGACUUUUUGGAUGUUAGUGAUAUUGAUCUACCCAAUAGUUAUUGUUAAAUGUCUGAGUAGUCCUAAUUACGUGUUCAGUAAUGGGAUUAGGGUGACGUUGCCCCUAGAUGCUGAUCUUGGGUCAGUCUUUAACUUCUCCCACUAAUGGUUAAUGUUAGGAUUGGGGAGGGGAAGCUGAUUCCAGAUCAGUACCAAGGGGAAACUUCCCGCGGGAGCAUCAAUUGGGCAAUUGUACAAGGAAUUGAAAAAUAAGCUUAUUUCGCCUCUGAAGAUGUUUUGGUGUUUCUGUCUCUCAUCAUGGUCCAAUCAUGUCAACGGUUACAGUUCCAUUCAGUUUGAGCCUUCAAAAGGAGCUUCUUCUCUGUACAGCGUCUCCUUGUCGGUCCCUCAAGUUUCAUUUCAUAACGAUUUGAUGCUCGAUGAAUGUUUUCUUUGCCAAAUAGGUACGAUGUUAUAUGCUGAAAAACAGCAUAAUGUUUUGUAAAGUGCACAAUGCAGUCUGGUACCCCCCCCCCCUUUAGACGGUACUCUUCCACCUCGGCCCCCCCCCCCCUUCCCUUUGGACGGUACUCUUCCACCUCGGCCCCCCCCCCCCUUCCCUUUAGACGGUACUCUUCCACCUCGGCCACCCCCAUCCCAACCCAAAAAUGGUCCCUCAGCUAUUAAAAUGGCAGCGCCCGCCCUUGUACUAUGCAGGUCUUAUUAAUUAAUGUACUUUGACCAUUUCUGGCUUCAUUCCGUUUAUUUGACUGGAUGAUCUAAACUAACAAUACAUCCUUUAUUUGAGAUGAUUCAGGAGAGAUGACAACACUGUUGAUCAGAAAAUAGGAUCGGUCUUACUCUGGGAGGCUACUUUUAUACAACUCAACAUUAUCGCCCCACAUACUUUCUGUAUAUUUAUUUAAUUGAAUAUAUUAAAUGGAUCAUCUAAGGCUUGCUUCUAAAUGGGUUUGUGAAUAGAAAUGACUGCAAUAAAAUGGAAUGUGAUCUUGGUCAUUAGCUCUAACAACAGAACCUGCUCCUCGGACUGACCCUGCAUCAGUGGACCCCAUUACAACACUAAUGAAAAUCAAAUCAAGUGUUAUUUGUCACAUGCUUUGUAAAGAACUGGUGUAGACUAACAUUGAAAUGCUUACCUACCCUUCCCAACAAUGUAGAGAGAACAAUAGAACGAUAAUAACACAAGGAAUAAAUACACAAUGAGUAAAGAUAACUUGGCUAUAUACACGGGGUACCAGUACAGAGUUGAUGUGCAGGGGAAUGAGGUAAUUGAGGUAGACAUGUACAUAUAGGUAGGGGUGAAGUGACUUGGCAAUAGGAUAGAUAAUAAGCACUAGCAGCAGCGUAUGUGAUGAGUCGAGUUGAUUCAAAAGGGGGUCAGUGCAGAUAGUUUGGGUAGCUAUUUGGUUAACUAUUUAGCAAUCUUAAGGUUUGGGGGUAGAAGCUGUUCAGGGUUCUAUUGGUUUCAGACUUGGUGCAUAGGUACCGCUUGUCUAUGACUUGGGUGGCUGGAGUCUGACAAUUUUUUAGGGCCUUCCUCUGACACCGCCUGGUAUUAAGGUCUGGGAUGGCAGGAAGUUCAGCCCCAGUGAUGUACUGAGCCUCACGCACUACCCGCUGUAGCGCCUUGCGGUUGGAUGCUAAGCAGUUGCCAUAUCAAGCGAUGAUGCAGCCAGUCAAGAUGGUACAGCUGUAGAACUUUAUGAGGAUCUGAGGGCCCAUGCUGAAUCUUUUCAUCCUCCUGAGGGGGAAGAGGUGUUGUCGGGCCUUCACGACUGUGUUUGGACCAUGUCAAUUCCUUAGUGAUGUGGAUGCCGAGAAACUAGAAGCUCUCAGCCCGCUCCACUACAGCCGAGUGCUACGGGGUGAUAGUGAUUUAGACGGGUUACCUUGGCAUUCUUGGACACAGGGUCUAUGGUGGUCUGCUUGAAACAUGCAGGUAUUACAGACUGGGUCCUGGAGGUUGAAAAUGUCAAUGAAGACACUUGCCAGCUGAUUAGAGCAUGCUCUUUGUACCCGUCCUGGUAACCCAUCUGCCCCCGCGGCCUUGUGAAUGUUAUUCUGUUUAAAGGUCUUACUCACAUCGGCUAUGGCGAGCGAAAUCAAACAGUCGUCCGGAACAGCAUUCCUCGAAGCGAGCAUAGAAGGAAUUUCGCUCGUCUGGUAGGCUUGCGUCACUAGGCAGCUCAUGACUGGGUUUCCCUUUGUAAUCCUUGAUCGUUUGCAAGCUCUGCCACAUCCGAGUGUCAGAACCGGUGUAGUAGGAUUCGAUUUUAGUCCUGUAUUGAGGCUUUGCCUGGUUGACGGCUGUGAUUUCCGGUUGUGAUUUCUUAUAAGUGUCAGGAUUAGUGUCCCUGAAAGCGGUAGCUCUAUGUGGCAUUGACUGCACGUCGUAAAACUUGCCCUAAAAUGCAGACCUGGGAUCAGCUCUAGCCUGCACCAAUCUUAACCGGAACCUUUGACAGGUGAAAAGCAAAACUGAUCUGAGAUCAGGACUUUGAGACAACAACAGUCUAGGUAUGUGCUCAAACUCAGUUAAACCUGUUUUAUGACUGGGUCAAUCCAUUUGCAAUAAGGUGCACUUGCACAUAGCAGUAGCUUCAGUUUGAGCUCCAGAUCUUCCCUGCAUAAUUACCUAGCUGACAGACUUCUGACGUUUCCUGAGGCAGGGAGGGGUCUGGCCGGGUGACGUCUCACACAGUGGAAGUCCCACCUCCAUCCUGCCCCUUUCAGUUUUCUUCAGGGCCAAUGGCACAGGAGGUUUGGCCGUGGCAACAAGCAAGGAAAGAGGGCCAGGAAAAAGCCGACACUCAUUCCUUUAGCUAGGUGUUUAAGUGUUCUAAAACUGUGCUCCUGUGACUGUCCCUCACCCAACCCUGGGUCUUGUUCAUUAUACCCCAAACAGACUGAAGCAGAGGGAAUAAAGGCUUGUUUUAAUUUAGUUGAAAAAACAACACUAAAGCUGUUUGCUUGUGUUCCCUAAUGAAUAGGGCCCUGGACUAGCACCUGCAACUACUACUGCCAGCCCUGUUCUGUACCAGACUGACCAAUGAUGACAGGGUAAAACGAAUUAAAGUUGGUUAAAAACA